GUCAAUACAAUAUGGACUACAUUAAUUCGAGUAAUGCAAAUCAAACAAUGGAAGCUACAAAACCACAUGCAGUUCAAAUUUGGUUUCCAUUUGAUAAAAAUAAUAAAUAUAUGCUGGCAAUGACAUAUGAAUGUUUCCACAUUACACAAAGUCUUAUGAUUAACGGAGCUGCACAAGCGCUUAUCAACUCGACGAUGGUAUUUUUCAGAGCCCAAUUGAAAUGUUUGCAAUUUUUCAUUAAAAAUUUUGAUACGACUCUAGUAAAUGGCGAGAUUAUGUGUGAUGGUAUAGAGGAAUCUAUAAAACUUCUUAUAAUCAAGUAUCAACAAGUUAUUAGGUGCGUUCAAGAAUUCAACAAUUGUUUUCAAGAUAUUUUAUUACUGGACUAUAGCGUGAUAUCAUUACAAUUGGCUACAAUUUUAAUUGACUUAUACCAGGGCAAGCAAAUGGCAUUUAAUUCGUUUUUCUUUGUUCUAAUUUCUCUGCAACUCUUCCUUAUGUCUUGGAACGCUAAUGAAAUAAUAGAAGAGAGUUCUACUGGUUUAUUAAAUGCCUUGUAUGAAAGUAACUGGUAUACGCAAAAAAACAAAGCAACUAAAAGUCUUAUUUUAAUGACGAUGAUGAGAACAUCCCGACCUUUGAGUAUUUCAAUUGGACCUUUUGGAAAAUUGACUAUGAACGCAGCAAUAUCGAGAAUGAAAUUAGCUUAUUCUGUGUUGUCCCUUCUAUCAAGUAAGAAUUAAAUGCUAGCAUGAACAGAAGAAAUG